AUGGGCGAUAACGUCUAUCCGGACCAACUGGAUGUUGUUGAUCCACGUUACGUUGCCGAAGCGGAGAAGAAUAUUUGGAGUUUCCUUAGGCCUCUCGUAAGACUGUAUCUCGUCCUUGACUCUUACCGGACUGUCCAAGACCCAGUCGCUGAAGAAACAAUCGAGAUGGCGUACAGAAACCAGACAAAUUAUCAUGAGUAUCAGCUCCUCAAAGACGACGGAGUCCACAUAAUUGGGACUUGGGAUGACCACGACAUGGGCGAAGACAAUGCAAAUAAGUUUUUUCCUCACAAGCAUCGUUCGCGAGAGCUGCUGCUGGACUUUCUAGGAGUACCAGCGGACUCGCCUCGACGUUCGGAGGACUGGCACGGUGUAUUCAACUCUCGCCGAAUUCAGCUCGGGAGCGGACACUUCAUCCGCUUCAUUUUACUUGACACCAGGUUUAACCGCGAUCCUUGGCGUGAUUUUCUACGCGGCGAUAUCCUUGGCCAGCAGCAAUGGCAGUGGUUUGAGAAAGAACUGGAAAGGUCACGGGACGACGAAGACGACGCGACGGUGAUUGUAUCGUCCAUGCAAGUACUUCCCCCUGCCACAAUCCUCUCCGAGUCGUGGCCAGUCUUCCCUGCUGUGCGCGAACGCUUGCUGCAAAUGGUGCUCAACUCGGGCGUCAGGCUUCCGCUCCUCCUCUCAGGAGAUGUGCAUUUCGCAGAAGUCUCGGCUUCUUUCAUCCUCUCUCUCAUCUCCUUUUACAUUCUGGGUCCCACCAUGGAGACUGCGUAUCUGCCGUUCCGCGGUCGCUCACCCGUCUACGAUAAUGAAGAGGUCAGCAAAGGCAUCCCGGGUUGCUUGAUAGGUGAUGCACCGGAAGCAACAGAGAAGACAGGCACCGCCGAGGAUGACGUCAUUCAUCACCAUCGAGGUGCGACUGAAGGUGACGUCUCAAAUGAAACUUCACUCCGCAAGGGGCGCGCGAAGCGUCAUACGUCCGCGAAUCACUUGGGCACCGCUGAGGCCGGGAGAAAAUCGCUACCGGAAAACGAUUUCCGCGGCCAAGGCGACGUUUCCAGAGGAGGUGCCGCGGCGUCAGCUGUCCCGUCCGAGACAGAAACCACCUCUGGUACAAAAACUGAACCUGCUCGCCGAAGAGGACAAACGACAGAACGGAUGCUGUACGAGUUCACCUCAAGUGGUCUCAGCCAUGGCAUUCCCGAAACACUAGCGGCUUCUCCUCUGCUGAUUCGGAUCGUGGAUGGACUGCUGAAGGCUUGGCUCUCUCGGGAGACAUUGCUGAGGAGCUCUUUUAACGGUGCUCCGUUCAUCUACUUGAGGAGGAACGUCGGAGAGAUUCAGUUUCUGCAAAACAAGCUCCGGGCACACCUUUUUGGCGGUGGAGACUCCGCUGCCCGGGAUGGCACAUCGCUAGGGGAAGGGGCCCCAGAAACACAGAGAGAAGCGGGGGUCACUGCGAGUUCCGCCGAAGGGAAACACGCUGUCGCAUCACAAAAUGGGUACGCAAGUGGAGAAACAGAGGAGCAGGCUGCCUUCCGCAGUGUGUGGAAGCGGCAGAUGGACCAGUGCAUGACUGUGCUUAACAACCACGUUGAGCAUACGGAGAAGCGCGGCACGUCAGACUCGCUACACGCAACAGGCACCAGUACGGCGGACAAUUCAAGUACUGGUAUGCAGGACGUGGCGAUGUUCUUCAGCACACAUCUGCAGUCCUUCGACCGCCUACUUAGUCUCUACGAAAACCUCGUUGAGGUACACGCGCAUGACGACCCUUCUAACGUAGAAGAUAAUGAGGCAGGAAAUCACGCGUCGGAGAAAAGCAUCUCCACUUUCAGGAUAGAGGAGGCCAGUGUGUGUGAAAAACGCGCGACAGAUGAGGAACGUCAGGGUUUGACUCGCGGGGCUGCACAGUACCACGCGAAUCUCUCCGUGCAUGGUUCUGGCCGCCGGGUGAAUAAACAGAACAUCUCUAUCAUCUCGUGGAGGAGGGAGCGGGCGAGUCAAUGCGAUAUGGAGAGCGUAGGGGACACGCAACAUCCGCAGGACGAACCGUGGUGGGAGGAAAACGAAGCCAACAUCGACCGACACCGAGCACGGCCUCCCUUUCCACUGCUGGACCCUUCCUUUGUCGCCCUGCUUCACGCGGUCGAAAGGCUUGCUCACGCUGCAACUGUGCACACGGCAGACGGGGAGGAACUCGACGCCACUGCCACGUCCAGCAAAAUGGACGACAUGAGUCGACAGAGGGAGCUGACCCGAGUGGACAUUCUUCAGAAGUGGUGUAAAGUGGUUCUUUCGGCGCACCGGCAAACGAUCCACGACGUCCUGCAACAUUUAUUUGCGAACAAACACGCCAGGGUGGACGAGGGGGGUGCGAAUAGUAUUCCUAAGAUAGAACGCCUCGGACUCUUGGGCUCCGGCGCUGGCAGCUUCAGCCUCCCUGUUGUCCAUUUCCUUCUCGUGUUCGCCAGAGCUAGCGGACACGCCGCCUGA